AUGGACGACGAGCCGACGUCGUCGCAUCGACCGGGCGACUCGGCGGCAUCGCGUCGCAUGUGCGGGUCGGCUGACUCGACGGCGAGCGACAGCGACACGGCCGACGAUGCUCCUCUCUUGGCCAGCGGCAGCCAAACGGUCCGAAUCGACAUGCCCGCUUCGGAAAAGCCAGCGUCACCUCAUGACCGAUUUCCGAAGGAACGCUCAAAAGCGCUGGCAUCGAUGGAUCAUGUUCCGGCGAUUAAUGAUGGUGGGCUCAUUGCUAUAUUUGAUGCGUUGCGUUACCAUGAUCCGGGUACACAAGUGCUCUGGUUGCGAUCCGUGAAUUUCCUUUGUGCACAAAAUUAUGGUUUGAAAUGCGACGUUUUGGAAUGUAGGUACUGGCGUGGUUUGAGAUGGGUCGGCGUAGGCCUAAACGUUCGUGGCAAAUACACUCUCUGUGGCGACUACAUCUAUAGUGGCCACACUAUUGUACUCGUUGUCAGCGCCCUUUUCAUUGGAGAAUAUUCUCCUCGGCGAUGGCGUAUUUUGCACAUAUUCUCCUGGCUGGUCGCCCUCGUUGGUGUCGUAUUUCUGGUGAUCUCACGCGGUCAUUACACUCUUGACGUCAUUCUCUCGUACUUCAUCUGCACUCGAGUUUUCUGGAACUAUCACACAAUGGUGGCGCAUCCCACUAUUCGGCUAUCAACGCAAAAUCAUCACCGCAAGGAGUUUUGGUUCCCGCUGUUCCGUUGGAUGGAGUGCAACGUGUUGAAGCCGAUACCGCGACGAUUCGACUGUCCGUUGCCGAUGGGUCGAAUGCGAUCUGUGUUCCGACGACGGGUAGCGAACGCACGAAUCGAGUAG